AUGAGUGAAAACAUCCCUGUAGAGAAGAAUCUCAGCUCAAAUGAGAGUCCUGCAUCAUCGAGUGUGAAUAGUCAAGGCAUUCCAAUUAUUCCUCCACGACCAAAGCCCAAGAAUGACUUAAAAUCAACCACGUCACUGCUGUCAAGCACCUCUACCAAGAGUUCAAAACCAGAACCCGAAACAGGCAGUAAAGAAGAUAUUGAUUUGAACGAAGAACUGGAACUGGACUUGUUGGAUGCAUAUGGUGUCGAUUCUCAGCAUCAAGGAGAGAAAACAUUAGAAUCUCCAUAUGAAGUUCAAGGUGGGGCUAGUAAUUCGCACAAUUCUAUCGAUGAGCUCCCACAAGCUGUGUCAGAGGAAAGUGCCUCCAUGAACCAUCAAACCGAUGACCAGGAUGUUAUCGAUGGCGACAAAACCCCUGGUAAUUCAAAUACUAAAGCUUCAUUUAAGGAGAAUAUUGACGAGACAGACGCAGCCGAUAACGAGAGUUCAAGCUUCAAUGAUGAUAUGGAGACUGUCUUACAGGAAAGCCAUGAGUCGAGUGAUGGUGGGUCUGAUUAUUCUGUUCAUUUAGCCUCUGCCACACAGGAUAUUCCAGUAAAUGGGUUGCAAGAGAGUUCGGCCGAGUUCACAAAGGAAGAGGAACCUGACAACACUGGCGGAAAGAACGACAAGAACGAAAAGAAGCAAACUGGAAAUGCAAGGGAAGAAGACCACACUGAUCACAAGUUCGAAGCUGAAUAUGCGUCAAAGGGGGACGACGAGGAGAACAUUACAACAGGAGAAGAAAGUCUUUCAACAAAAGAAGAUCCACAUACUCAGGACAGAGAAGAGCAAGAAAGGAGUGUAGAGAACCCUUCAGCCACAGCAAGCAAAGUCCCCAUGAUACCAGCUCGGCCAGCUCGGCCAGCUGGUAAGUCAAAAACAUCGAAUACCUCCUUGGAUACAGAUGAGGAUACAACGGUAGAAGAGUCGGGAAAACAAGUAUCUGCCAGUGAUGAAGUCAACCAGCAAAAUAUUGCGCCCAAUGAUAGUCCGAAGGAUUCACCCGGAAUAAGCAGCGCCGAGCCGCUGGAUUUGAAUAAGAUUGUAUCAAAUGAACCUGUUGUUGGAGAUAAUACUCAAAAAGCAGCCCCGGAGAAGAAUCCAGUUCCCAAAAUUCCCGUGAGGCCAACAAAGAGACCAGACGAGUCCAAAGCGGGACCAAAGGCUCCACCUCCAAAGCCAAAGAAGUUGUCAAGUAAAAUUGAGGCUUUUCAGCAACAGCUAUUCAAUUCUUCUUCGAAUCAUGGGAAGACAUCGAACUCGGAUACUGGAACAACUAAUGGAGGUGAGAAUAUCUCUAAUAAGGCACCUGUGCACCGGAGGGUAUUUGAAUCCAGCGGCAUUCCACUUCCUGGUAUGUUUAACCCUGCACUUCGCCCUGUGGCAGUGGAACCUAAAGCAUCGAAAGAGGAAUCCCUAAAAGAAACAAGGACAACAAAAAGGGUACGCGGCCCUAGGGGCAAGAGGUUGCCUCAGGCGGUUGCUAAUGCAAGUGUUGUUUCAGAGAGUAAUAGGGAUUUGGAAAAGGGAAGCUUAUGGGCAUUUACAUUCACUAAAGCUAGUUCUACCGAAACUGAUAACACCGAGAAAGUUUCUAUAACUAAUAAACUGCCCGAAGUUGUUGACCAGCCUGGUGGGGAGUCCAAUGUUGGUACACCAGCAAACAGCGUCGAGGAGUUGCUGGAAAGUCAAGUUACUGAAAUCAGCCUGCAUUCGGAAGACACGAAACCUGUGCUGUCUGAGGGUUUGAAUCUUCUGGUGGAAGCGGAGAUGAAAAAUAGCUCAUCUGACAGUGAGGCGAUUGGUGAAACAUGA